GAAGCGACGGCAGGCGGAGGGCAGGGCCGUAAAGCGUCGUGUUUUUAGGCUGAAGGAGGUCAUUAGAAAGUGAGGAUUAAGUACGGACCGGUCCUCGGUACCAGUAUCUCUGAUGUCGGUGUAAGACAAUACAUUAUUCAUCGUCCGUGUCUAAGGUUCCAACCACCACGAAAUGCUCCGUCUCAUCUUGCGGCUCAGGACGUCCGCCGGGCUCCGCUGUCCCCGUGCCCUACCGACCGGGCCUGCCGCUCUCGGCUCCCGCUCUGUACCCGGAACCGGUUGCGCGAGGCGGCUUCACUGUGGAGCGAGGUACCGAGCCGAGAGCUAUGGCUCCGGCUUCAGCCGCAGAACGACUGCACUGCGGGGUCCCCAGCUGGCAGGAAGCUGGCGGGGCAAACGCUUCUACAGCUUCCCGCCGCACACCAAGGUGGAGCUCCCUGCGCUGUCGCCUACCAUGCAGACAGGAACGAUCGCUCGCUGGGAGAAGAAGGAAGGGGAGAAAAUUGGAGAGGGAGACCUCAUAGCAGAGGUGGAGACUGACAAAGCCACAGUCGGCUUUGAGAUGCUGGAGGAGUGCUAUCUGGCAAAGAUCCUGGUUCCUGAAGGGACCAGAGAUGUAAAUGUCGGAGCUGUUAUUUGCAUCACAGUUGAUAGCCCGGACCUCAUCCCAGCCUUUAAAGAUGUAACUUUGGACUCGAUCAAAGCAGCUGGUGCUGCUCCUUCACCAGCUGCCUCUGCUCCACCUUCUCCACCUGCUGCUGCUGCUGCUGCUGUUCCUACUUCCCCUGCAGCCCCAGGCAGCUCUUACCCACCACACAUGAAGAUAGCUCUUCCUGCCCUGUCUCCCACCAUGACGAUGGGCACUGUGCAGCGCUGGGAGAAAAAGGUUGGAGAGAGGCUCAGUGAAGGAGAUCUGCUGGCUGAGAUCGAGACAGACAAGGCGACAAUUGGGUUUGAGGUGCAGGAGGAAGGAUAUUUGGCCAAAAUCCUGGUGGCAGAGGGAACUCGGGACGUCCCACUGGGAAUGCCGCUCUGCAUUAUUGUAGAGAAAGAGAGUGACAUUGAUGCCUUCAAGGACUAUGUGGAGACCGGAGUGGCAGAGGUUUCCACACCACCUCCAGCUCCAGUAUCAGCACCAAUUGCAGCUCCAGCUGCUGCAGCAGCACCCAGUCCUGCUCCAGCUGCUCCAGCUGCUGCUGCUGGACCCAGGAAAGGCCGUGUGUUUGCUAGUCCACUUGCCAAGAAACUUGCUGCUGAGAAAGGAAUAGACCUGGCACAAGUUAGCGGCUCUGGUCCAGAUGGACGCGUUACCAGGAAAGACAUCGAGAGCUUUGUUCCACCAAAGGCUGCUCCUGGGGUGACUGCUGCUACGCCGGCCGCAGCUCCAGCUGCUCCUGCACGUGUUGCUGCUGCUCCUGUUGCACCAGCUGGGACCUUCACAGACAUCCCUAUCAGCAACAUCCGUAAGGUCAUAGCUCAGAGGUUGAUGCAGUCCAAGCAAACAAUCCCCCACUAUUAUCUGUCUGUAGAUGUCAACAUGGACCAAGUACUUGAGCUUCGGAAAGAGCUCAAUGCUGAAGUUACAGCCCAGAAUAUCAAACUUAGUGUAAAUGACUUCAUCAUCAAAGCCAGUGCUCUGGCUUGCCUUAAGGUUCCAGAGUGCAACUCUUCCUGGAUGGACACUGUGAUCCGACAGAAUCACGUGGUGGAUGUGAGUGUAGCAGUGAGCACCACCAGUGGCCUGAUCACACCCAUAGUUUUUAACGCCCACACUAAAGGACUGGUUGCCAUCAGCUCCGACGUGUCGGCUCUAGCAGCCAAAGCAAGAGAUGGAAAACUGCAGCCGCACGAGUUCCAGGGAGGAACAUUCACCAUUUCUAAUUUGGGGAUGUUUGGCAUCAAGAACUUCUCAGCGAUAAUCAACCCUCCUCAGGCCUGUAUCCUCGCCGUUGGUGGCUCAGAGAAACGGUUGUUGCCCGCUGAUAAUGAAAAAGGGUUUGAUGUAGCCAGUAUGAUGUCGGUAACGCUGAGCUGCGAUCACAGGGUGGUGGACGGGGCGGUCGGUGCACAGUGGCUCGCAGAGUUUCGCAAGUUCCUGGAGAAACCCGUCACCAUGCUGUUGUGAUCAAACCCCACUGCCAACACAACUGCGGCAGCAGCCGAGGCCUCUCGCUGAAGUGAUCUGAUCGGUCUGACCUGACGUGGCUCCUCCUGUGUUUGGUUGGCCGGCCUCAAGAUCACUCCCCGUUACCCCAAAAGGGGGAAGAGGCAGAACUCACUCCACGUAUCUGUCUGUCUCGCUGUCUUUGUUUUCCUCUCGCUCUCCCUCGGUUACAUUCUAUUUAUUGAAGUCCCAUCUUAUGAGACACCUAAAUUAGGUUGAAUUUAUUCUAGAACAGAGACCGGCCCAGUGUCACAAAAAACCCUGGUUCAUGAUUCAUGUCCAACCAGCAAACUUAGUUUCCCCAAGUUUGUUUUGUGUGUUGACUGUAGGUUCCAGGCUUCAUAUAAAGUAUCAUAUUUGUCUGUUACAGACAACCAAGGAUGGAUUUGAACGAGUAAGUCACACACAAUCCUUGGGUUUUCACACACAAACACUAUUCUGUGAAUGUCUCUAUGGUUUAAUGCCAAAUAGAGCUCUAUAUACAGUUUGGCCGAAGUAGUCAAAGUCAGCCCCUCUGUAUAAUUUAGUAUUUGUAUAGAUCUGAGUUCUGCCGGUUCUCGCUCUCUCUUAAGUACAGAUAUUAUUUUUUUCUAGUCUCAGAGAAAAUGACUUACUUUCUCAGCUGAAACGCACAAGGCUGGUGCUGGAUGUUUGUUAUUUAAAUGAAUUGCGACACGUCAAAUGGCAAGUUUGGCAGUUCACCUCACCAGUUAUACCAGAUAGAGCGGCAGUGGUACAAUGUGCAAAAUGUCCCACAUUUUUAAAAAUACUGUUGGUGGACACCAUCAUCUCAGUUUGUGUUGCAUACGUAUGUGCAGACAGCCUCCUCAUAUGAUCUGUCACUGCUGGUUCAUGAUGGCCACACCAAUAAAACCUGCAAACAAGCUCAGACUUUCUCCUUAUGUUUGGACUGUAAACUGACACGUUAACAUACCUCACUGCUGUUGUAACGUUAUCGUAUCAGAACUCAUAGUGACAUGACUUUAAAUGACAGAAGGCAAAGUGUAUCAUCAGUAGGAAACUACUGACUUUGAGUUGAUAUAAUAAAAGGUCACAUUUUAACCUCAGAA